CCUAAACCAAUGGCCGAGAGCGCGUGAGAGCAGCUGGAGGCUCGCUGACUAAUCUCACAGCAAAUCCCUUUAUCUGCGCGGUGGCUUGACUGAUCUCUGCGGGAAGUUUCAGGAAAUGCAACAGGUGGAGGAGCUCGGGGACUCGACUCUAGUCUGUCGGUGUCUUCAGUCUGGAUGGUGGACCUGAGGUGACCCGGAAUGAGCGGGUUUGGGGCGUCAUGUGAAGCUGUCAGAGGUCAUAGUGAACGCUAGUGACCCAGUGUGUGUGUGUGUUUGUUGCCGUUAGCGUGCUAGCUGCGGCUCGUCAAACUACUGAAGGAGUCGGACAACAGCGCACUCCGGUCACGUGACGCCAUGGAUGACAGCAGCCUGAGCGACUCUAACGUGAAGGUGGCUGUGCGCGUGCGACCCAUGAACCGGAGAGAGAAAGACCUGAAGACCAAAUGUGUGGUGCAGAUGGGAGGCAACCAGACGGUUCUACAGCCAGCCGUCACAAACGUGAGCAAAGGAGACCCUCGGAACCAGCCGAAGGCUUUUGCCUAUGACUACUGUUUCUGGUCUAUGGAUGAAUCCCAGAAGGACAAGUUUGCAGGUCAGGAUGUGGUGUUCCAGUGCCUUGGAGAGAGUCUGCUGGACAACGCCUUCAUGGGCUACAACGCCUGCAUCUUUGCUUACGGACAGACAGGCUCAGGGAAGUCCUACACCAUGAUGGGCUCAGCCGAGCAGCCCGGUCUGAUCCCUCGGCUCUGCAGCUCCCUGUUCACCAGGACGGCGGUGGAGGCCCGCGAGGCCGAGACCUUCACCGUGGAAGUGUCCUUCAUGGAGAUUUACAACGAGAAAGUCCGAGACCUGCUUGACCCCAAAGGGAGCCGACAAGCUCUGAGGGUGAGGGAGCACAACGUCCUGGGACCUUACGUUGAUGGUCUGUCCCGCCUGGCUGUGACCAGCUACAAGGACAUCGAGUCCCUGAUGUCGGAGGGGAAUAAGUCUCGUACGGUGGCGGCCACAAACAUGAACGAGGAGAGCAGCCGGUCCCACGCCGUCUUCAACAUCAUUCUCACACACACACUCAGAGACCUGAAGUCUGGGACCAGCGGAGAGAAGGUAAGCAAGCUGAGCCUGGUGGACCUUGCUGGAAGUGAGCGAGCGGCGAAGACCGGAGCAGCCGGGGAUCAGCUUAAGGAAGGCAGCAACAUCAAUAAGUCUCUCAGCACUCUGGGUUUAGUUAUCUCGGCUCUGGCGGACCGGGGAGCAGGGAAGAACAAAAGCAAGUUUGUUCCCUACAGAGACUCGGUCCUCACCUGGCUGCUGAAGGACAGCCUCGGCGGGAACAGCCGAACAUCCAUGGUUGCCACCGUCAGUCCAGCGGCAGACAACUACGACGAGACGCUUUCCACCCUGCGCUACGCCGACAGAGCCAAGAGCAUCGUCAACCAUGCCGUGGUCAACGAAGACCCCAACGCCAGGAUUAUCCGCGAGCUCCGAGAGGAAGUGGAGAAGCUGAGGGAGCAGCUGACUGAGGCCGAGUCCAUGAAGGCUCCGGAGCUGAAGGAGCGACUGGAGGAGUCUGAGAAGCUGAUCCAAGAGAUGACCGUCUCAUGGGAGGAGAAACUCCAUAAGACUGAGGCCAUCGCUCAGGAGCGUCAGAAGCAGCUGGAGAGCCUGGGCAUCUCCCUCCAGUCCUCUGGAAUCAGAGUGGUAGACGACAAGUGUUUCCUGGUUAACCUCAACGCUGACCCCGCCCUCAACGAGCUGCUGGUUUACUACCUCAAAGAGCACACCCGAGUGGGCUCAGCUGACUCUCAGGACAUCCAGCUGUGUGGGAUGGCCAUCCAGGCUGAGCACUGCGUCCUGGACAUCACGGAGAACAACCGCGUCCUGCUGAGUCCUCACCGCGGCGCCCGACAGAAUAAAUACGUACGUCUGAACCGGCGACGCACAAGCUGCCAGAGUCUCGUCUGGAGCAGACCUCCAGACGAGACUCUGGCAGCUUGCUGCGUUCAUGAAGCCAGGAUGUUUCAUAAACCUGCAGCUCCUGCUGCUAGUUGGUGCCAGAAACCCAAACCGAAGGGAAGCUUGAGACCGGCUGAAGGAAACGUGGGCUGUUUGUUUCUCAGCAGGAGGAAAUCAAGUAAAAUCGGUCCUGUUUCUGUUUUCCUCGGUGCGUCGGUGUGCCGCAGCAUACUACUCUACACUAACACCAUCCAGUGUGACUGGUCUUUCAUGUUCAACCAGAAGUUAUUCAGGGAUCGUAGGGCACUUGGUACUGAUUCAAGAAGAGAGUCAGCUUUAUCAAACUUACUUACAUUCCUUUCAUCCCUCGUUUGUUUGUUUUCCUUUUUUGUUUGUUUUCCUUUUUUCUUUCGUGCAUCAGAUAAGUCCGAGGAUGACGUUGAGAGGGUCCAGCUGCUGGAGUGCCGUCUGACCCUCACAGAGGAACGCAACGCUGUUCUGGUCCCAUCGGCCGGGAGCGGGAUCCCUGGAGCACCCGGAGAGAGAAAUCCAGUUCCUGGAAUGGAAACGCACGUCCCUGUCCUGUUCCUAGACCUCAGCGCUGAUGAUUUCCAGUCCAGUCUGUCGGCCCAGCUGCUGGGAGGCCUCGACACUCUGCUCAGUGGAGAAGAUGAAGACGAAGAAUUUGUUGGACUUCAGAUUGUGAAACGCUACAGUCCAGCAGUGAAAGUGGAGGCCUCCUGGGACUCCACGGUGCACGGGUGUGCCCAGCUGAGCCGAGCGGCGUCCCAGAACCAGAAGGUUUACCUGACGGUCCUCACCGUGGUGCAGCUGAGCCACCCGGCCCACAUGCAGCUGGUCCUGAGGAAGCGGAUAUGCGUCAGCACCGACCCGCUGCUUUAAGGAAGACGAUUGUGUCUGACGUCAGGGGUUUGCCAGAGCCUGCUGAAGAGGAUGUCUCAGCGCAGCACCAUCCCCGGCUGUGGAGUUACCUUUGAAAUCGUCUCCAACAUCCCAGGUGACAUCCACGGCCCAGAGGCGGAGGUGCUGGCCAGGCUGGCCGCCAGCGCAGAGGACGACCCGUCAGCAGACAGCGAGGCGGCCAUAGAGCGGUACCUGCGUAGCGUCCUAGCUGUGGAGAACGUCCUGACUCUGGACAGACUGAGACAGGAGGUGGCUGUGAGGGAACAUCUAACAUCCAGAGGGAACGCUGCUUGUCGCUGCCUGAGCUCUCCCAGCAUCAACAGGCUGUCAGGCAGCAGUCUGGACCUCUACUUCUCCUCUAAACCUGGUGGUUUUCAGGGUUCAGGGAGCCAUCAGGACCUCUCAGCUCAGCCAUCCCCAUCUAGACCUACAGGCACGCAGCUCCACGUCCCAGAACUGAGCCCAGAGACUGGCUUUGCCGCGUCUUACUCCCUCCAGUGGAAGGCCGUACCCAAGCUGCUGAAGUCGCUGCUUACUGGUGGGAAGGCAGACAGAGACCAGACAGCCGUCCAUCAGCAGUGUCAGAGCCUGCCGCGCAUCGUGGUGCAGUCGGCCAGCGCUGAAGAGCACACGUGCAAACACCAGCAGCCUGUUCCUCUCGGGGAAAUCAUUCCUCCUAACGUCCGGUCUGAGGUGCCUAGAUCUGUUCCCCAUCCGCCUCCCAUCAGCCCAGAGAUGGAGGACUUCACGCCCAGUCCUGUGUGCAGCACGCUCAGCGAAACCAGUUCAACCAGCAGGUCCACAGUGAAGCUCUCAGAAGUCUACACCCUGAGCUGGGACCUUCCUCCUCAAGAGGACAGUGAAGCUGAGGACUUUGAGCCUUUGCCAGAGGAAGAGAAAGAUGAAGGGAGAACCGAGAGCUCAGCGGACCAAUCGGAGGAUCCGGAGUCUAGUGUGGGCCAGGAAGCAGAGUCAGAGAGGACAGACGAGGAGUUCCUCAAACAAAACCAGAGUCUGAGCCAACUAGAUCAGUCUCCUGUUGACACGAAGGCUGAAGAACAGCCUGCUCUGGGGUCCGAGACAGAAAACCGGGCUGAACAGGAGACACCAGAACCGGCAGAAGAGCCAAACACCGCACCUGAGGGGUCUUCACCAGAAGGUCUUGAGAAGGAUCAAGAAAUCUCACCAUGUGACCGAGAAGCUGAAAGUCAGGGGGGGCCUGAUGUCCCACAGCCCAAACAAAAACCAGAACCUUCUGAUAAAGCUCAGGAUCUAGACCCCGUCUCUUUAAAACCCGACCCAAAGUCUUCAGACCGAACUUUGGAUCCGGCUCCAAACCAGACCCCAGAUUCUAAUGAAGUCUUAGCUGGACGACCCAAUGGAGACUCUGCUCUCCACUCGCCUCGAGAACAACCUGCUUCUGAAACCUCAGACCCGAGCAGGUCCCCCACCCCACCCACAGACCAAGUCCAUCCGGUACCACCUAGUAGUUCUUCUACCAACGCUACACUUGAUGUUCCUCAGGUCAAAGUUCAGUCUUCCAAACUCGCCCCGUCAGCAGCAGCGAACCCCUUCAAGAUCCAGAAGGUCAAGUCCUCAGACCUCUGGUCUUUUCAGCAGAUUGUUGGUGAGGAAGGCAGCAAACCCCCCCAUGUGGACCGGGCUGGCAGCCUUGGACCGGGACUCAACGUGUCGGUACCCAAAGAAAGGCUGGAAGUCAUCUCCGACUCGGAGGAAGGAGGCGGAGCUGCUUUCCCGGUGCUUCCUGACUGGCUGAGGGUCGGGGAGUUUGUGACUGUCGGGAGCAACAAGAGCGGAACCGUUCGCUACGUGGGGCCGACGGACUUUGCCGAUGGUACCUGGGUUGGAGUUGAGCUGGAGGUCCCAGCAGGGAAGAAUGACGGCUCAGUGGAUGGGAAGCACUAUUUCCGCUGUAACCCUGGUUACGGAGUCCUCGUGAGACCGGAUCGGGUCACACGUGGCGGGACCAGACGGCGUCGCCAGCAGCAAAAGCAGCGCAGCGGCAACCUGUCUGGGUCCAGUCCAAACUUAGCUGCUCUAACUGCUCUUGCUAAAGGUGAGGCUGGAGCAUCGGGUCGCGGCCGAGGAGAGAACCGCAAGUCCUGGAACACCUGAAUGUCGGGCUGAGGGCCUCGU